CUUGCUAGUCAAACGAAGCCCGCGGUUUAUGAAGUCAUUUUUAAGAUUCUACUGAGUAAAUGUCACCUCAGCCCUCAGAAAUGGACUCCGGCUUUUAAAGUACUCCUGCAUAUAUACGAUGGUGGAGAUAUAUUUCGUGGUGAACACCUUGUUUUAAACAAACGGACUUCGUCGUCGACGCGUUUUGACGUUGCCAUUUUUUUGCCAUAUCAGCUGGAUAAUCAAAAGAAAUGUCGCUGAUGACCCAGUGUGGUUUUGGAGUGAGAAAACUCGCUGGAAGAGAAGAAGCAACUGUUUGUGUUGUGUCAGAUUCAGAUCCAUUGUUGAACAUCCUGGAUGCCAACUUUGACUUGAAUAAGUCCUAUCCAUGCACACUGAAGCAGAGCACAAUGGCUGGGCAACAACAUUGGUAUUCAGGGCCACUGUCAGCUGAAUGUCAAAAAUAUGAUCCCAGCACAUCCAGCUCACAACCUGCUUCCCACAUAUCAGUGAAGAGUCUUCCACAUCCUUUUACAAUGUCCCAAGCCGAGGAAAGCCUCUUUAGUAAGAUUUUCUCUCAGGAUUCUGGGGUGUUUGAAUGUCCCUCCACCUACAGCCCAAAUAAAGCAAUUCUGACUGUGGAUGAAAAAAGCAGAGAGAUUUUGUCGGCCAACGAUCAGGCCAGCAGACUGUUUGAGUGUACUGCUGGUGAGUUGAUCGGGAGGAAACUGUCAGAUGUGUUGAGGAAAACAACUCAAGUGUUAGAGGAAGCGCUGGAAGAAGACUUUCUGUUUCGUGAUGGAAGUGUUGUUGCUGUUUAUGGAAUAGUGGUGGAUGCUCUGACAUUGUCUGGGGAGAUGCCUGUGACCCUCUGUUCUUACCGGGAGCCUAACAAAGACAGCUGGCUUCUCAUGUUGGAAUCUGUGGAACGGGUGUCAGCUUGUCUUUCCUUCUCACAAAAUGGAGUCAUUCUUACUUGCGACAUUGCUUUUGCUAAUCUUCAAGGAUACCAUGAUCCAAAGGAGUUAAAAGGAGUUUCGAUUACAGAGCUAAUCCCUAAUUUACAAAUCCCACUUCACAGUCAUGCUUUACCCAAAAUGCUGCGUGUUCAAAAGGUUCAUGGCCAGAGCAGACGUGGGUCAUCACUCCCAUUGUGUAUUAAGCUUGAGGGUUCUGUCCAAUGUGCGAAACCUCAUCUACAAAACAAUGUGAAUGGCGCAAGUGCGAGUUUUGAACAAGUCAGUGACGAACAAAUACUUUCUCUUCACACCUCUUGUACGACUGCUGUGCCACACCCAGAAACCUGCAAGAAGCCUUGUGAAGCAGAUGCCUCGACUGACACAGUCGUGGACCUCAAGUCCUCGACCCCGGCGUUGGAGUACACUGCAACAGUUUGGGUGUUUGCUCCCAUCAGCAUCCUGCUGUUGCUUCGACCUGAUGGCUCCAUCUACAGCAUCCAAGAUCGACUUGCCCUCGCUCUGUUCGGCUACAGCAAAGAGGAACUUCUCGAGAGGAACAUCUCUUUCCUGAUGCCUGGCUUUUAUGAGUGGAUGUCAGAACCAGUUGCAAGUCUCUGUCCAUCGCUUGGAUCUGGAAACCACACUGAUAAAAGUCCUUCCAAAAUAUCAGGGAAAAUGGAACCCUCGUCCCUGGUGGCUGGCGACAUGGCCAUGGUACAUCAGGCUGUUCUGGGAAUAAGUGCAGCAGGGAGGGGCCGGAUUUUCACCGGCGACUUUAACAGUCUGGAAAAAACAGGAAUUGUACCCUCCGUUCUCUCUACACCAGCUGUCACCUCCACACGUGCCUUGAUUGCCGAUGACCCCUCCAGUAGCCAAGUGGACAGUGCAGACACCACCCAGGCACUUCUGAACACGUUCAUGUGGGUGGACCAUCCGGACCAAGACACUUGCUGCCAGCUUCAGUCUGAAUCACAUCAACAGAGGCCUAAGAGUACUUGUCCUCGGAAGAGCUGCGACAACGCUCACGCCUCCAAUGGGAAGGAUAAACGCUCCUGUUCCUCCCUCCUGCAGCACUCUAGCUUUGAAGUUAUCUCAAUGGAGAGCAGGUCAUCAUCUGGCUUCUGUGAGAAGUUUGCUGGUCAUGGCGGUUCUGAUCCGUGCCAAGUUGGAGAAUCUCACUCCGCACACAUGGUUAACUCCGCCAGUUGUUUCCUGGACGUGAACAGCAACGGUGACCUCAUCACCCGAGCCCUGGCAGAUCUUGAUCUUAGCGGCAGUGUCGAGGUUCUGGAUGCCAGAGGGUCAAACCGCAACUCCAUGCGGUCCUGCGAUACAGCCCAGCUCCUGCGAACACCUUUGCCACCAGACUCGGAACAGGAUGCGGAACCAACAGAGACGGUUGAUAAUGAUGUGAAGCGACCUGAAAACGAUCCUCUGUGGUCCAGACUCUCUUCCAUUCAUAAAGAACGCGGUCAAAUGAAGAGUGGGAUCCAAACAUCGUCGGACAUCCCUGCCACAUCCACUCCCAAGAAAACAAACACCAAUGAGCAGGGCUCACUGGCACCGCAGAUCCUGGAGGGUCAAUAUGAGGGAAGUGGGUUCCACAGAGACGGCACCAGAGUUGAGCUGGUGUGUGACGUACGCAGGGCAAGCCUCUCUGAUGGAAGCCACCUCUUCUGUGUAUGGUUGACCUUACCGGGUCAUCAGGGGUCACUGUUUCACUCCGAUCACUCUUUGAUUCAGAAAUCUGCAGCCAGUCCAGGAGAGAAGAUUGGUGAGACCAGUCAUGUGGAGGCGCUGCGCACCACCAUGGACCUGGAGCACUCUCGGGCCUGUGACGGCCAGUUUGAGGAAGAGUACCAGCCCAUUAAGGCGGUCGGUAAAGGAGCGUUUGGGUUUGUCUGGAAGGCAGUGAGACGAUCUGAUGGACAAGAAGCUAUUGUCAAGUUCAUCAGCAAAGCCAGGAUUGUCAACGAAUGUUGGGUGGAUGACCCCAUGUUGGGGCGAGUGAGCCAGGAGAUCGCCAUCCUGACCCGAGUGCAGCAUCACAACAUAGUUAAGGUGCUGGAAGUUUUCGAGAACGGGAGCUAUUUCCAGAUUGUGAUGGAGAAACAUGGAGAUGGUUUAGACCUGUUUGAGUUCAUCGACAUGCAGCCCAGACUGGACGAGCCGCUGGCCAGUUACAUCUUCAGACAGCUCGUAGCUGCUGUCUUCUAUCUGAGGUCCAAGAAAAUCCUUCACCGGGACAUCAAGGACGAGAACAUCAUCGUCGACAAGUGUUUUCACAUCAAGCUGAUAGAUUUCGGUUCUGCUGCCAUGAUGGCUCCGGGGAAGCUCUUUUAUAAUUUCUGCGGCACCCUAGAGUACUGCUCCCCUGAGGUGCUCCAAGGAAACCCGUAUGAAGGUCCAGAGCUAGAGAUGUGGUCUUUAGGGGUUCUUCUCUACACUCUGCUCUUCAGUGAGAACCCAUUUUGUGGGGUGGAAGAGAUUCUUCAAGCCAAACUGAAGCCCCCCUUCUCCCUCUCUAAAGAACUCAGUAGUCUGUUGCGCGGCCUGCUGAGGCGUGACCCCACCGAGAGGAUGACGCUGGACCAGUUGCUGUUAGAACCCUGGCUCAGUCAGCCCAUAUCCCUGGCAGAGUACAGCUGGUCUGAGGUGUUUCCCGAAAACAAGGAUGAUGGUGCUGUGCAGCAGCAGGAGUCUCCUCCUAAACUGUACAAUGGCCAAGGUUUGUUCCCAGACGAAGGGGAAGACACCCUUCCUGAUGACGAGGAUGAAGAUGAGAAGUUAUCUAUGGUAGCGUUGGAAUCAGAACUCCAGAACUAUCUCAAUGAUGGAGCAUGUCAAGUGGAGUCACUCGGUCCAUCUUGACUACACGUCUGUCAUUUCAGCUAAAAUAUGAUUGAAUGCUUUCAACUGAUGAAUUCUGCAAACCUGGCGGAAAUGUACAGCAAAACAUGUUUUUUUUAUUAUUUAUUGCUUUUUUUCGUUCAUUAUUUCUUCAAGGUUUUUAUCUGUGAAAUCUGUAGACACUACAGUGUUUGGAAGUAAACCUCCGAUUAGUCUGUCAAACCACAACCUGUUUCUCUUCAUGUUUUUAACU